AUGGCUCCCGUUCUCAAGAAGUACAAGGCUGCUGCCGUCAAUGCCGAACCUGGCUGGUUCGAUCUCGAGGAAUCUGUUCGCAGAACUAUCCACUGGAUCGACGAAGCUGGAAAGGCAGGCUGCAAGUUUAUUGCCUUCCCUGAGCUGUGGAUUCCCGGCUACCCGUACUGGGCCUGGAAGGUUAACUACCAGGAGAGCUUGCCUCUUCUCAAGAAGUACCGCGAGAACAGUCUUGCUUCCGACUCGGAGGAGAUGCGUCGUAUCCGCGAAGCUGCCCGAAGCAACAAGAUCUAUGUGUCUCUUGGAUACUCCGAGCUGGAUCUUGCUAGUCUAUACACCACUCAGAUUAUGAUCAAUCCCACUGGAGAGGUCAUCAACCACCGCCGCAAGAUCAAGGCUACUCACGUCGAGCGCCUUGUCUUUGGCGAUGGCACCGGUGAUACCACCAAGUCAGUGAUGGAUACUGAGAUUGGUCGUGUUGGUCACUUGAACUGCUGGGAGAACAUGAACCCUUUCCUGAAGGCCUAUGCUGCCUCUCUUGGUGAGCAAGUCCACGUUGCCGCUUGGCCCUUGUACCCUGGAAAGGAGACCCUUAAGUACCCAGACCCCUACACUAAUGUGGCCGAGGCCAACGCGGAUCUCGUUACACCUGCCUAUGCUAUUGAGACUGGUUCCUUCACUCUUGCACCUUGGCAGACAAUCACCGCCGAGGGUAUCAAGCUGAACACUCCCCCUGGAAAGGAGCUUGAGGACCCUAACAUCUACAACGGACACGGUCGUAUCUUUGGUCCUGAUGGACAGAACCUGGUUCCCCACCCCGCCAAGGACUUCCAGGGUCUGCUCUUCGUCGAUAUUGACCUCGAUGAGACCCACCUAACCAAGUCUCUGGCUGACUUUGUAAGUUUUGGAUAUGAUAUCGAUUAUAGUUCAGUGCUAACUUCAUACAAGGGAGGUCACUACAUGCGCCCAGACCUUAUCCGCCUUCUGGUUGAUGCUGACCGCAAGGACCUGGUUGUACAAGAGGACAAACUCAAUGGCGGCGUUGUCUACACCAAGACCAUUGAUCGUGUCGGGCUUUCUACCCCCUUGGACGCGCCUGCCGACUCCGAGUAA